CAAAGUUUAAAAAUGAAUUUAAUUCUGUAAUGAGUGCUUAUUAUGAGAAGAUUGGAUCGGCCGAUAAAGUGGGUGGAGCUUUCUUUGGAGUGUGUAGAGGGAAAGUGAGUGAGGGGUUGGAUUUUGCUGAUAAUAAUGGACGAGCUGUCAUCAUUACUGGACUACCUUAUCCUCCUUUUGCUGAACCCAAAGUUCAGCUAAAAAUGGAAUAUUUGAAAGAUGCUAGAUCAAAUUUUAAUAGAACUGAAUUAAUAACUGAUAAGCAGUGGUACAAUCAACAGGCUACACGUGCUGUCAAUCAGGCCAUUGGACGAGUUAUUAGACACAAGAAUGACUAUGGAGCAAUCAUUCUCUGUGAUGAAAGGUUUACAUAUUCGAGGGGACAGGAUGAUCUCCCUCUUUGGUUGAGGCCUCAACUUCAAAAAUACGAUAAAUUCGGUCCAGCUCAACGUGACCUUACAUCAUUUUUUAAAACAGCACAAAAUAAAUAUGGUCAUUUGGUAUCUAUUAAGAAUUCUUUACCUGAUAUCAAACGUGAUUAUACUUCAGGGAUAGUGGGUGGAGCUAGGGGUGUGGUUAAAUUAAACCCUGAUGCUAUUUUUAAAGAUGAUGAUGAGAUUGAAGAUAUUGAUAUUGAAGAUUAUACUACUCGUAAGUAAUUGAUGAGUUCUUUUUAUUGUUACUAUUUUUAGCAUCACUUUCAAAUAAUGAAAUAGAAAGUAGGUGUGAUCUACUAAGCUCCCUAAAAUUUGACGAGUUACAUCCUGUUCAACCUCAUCAUGUUGCUAUGGCUGCAUCUAGAAAAA